CUCGGUGGGUGUCGGUAUGAUAAGCGACCGCCGACUGUCAACCUCAACAUGUUAAUUAUCGACUCGGCAAAAAUAUAUAAAGAAACAGUGAACAUUACUUCAUUUGGUAGACUUCAGGGCAUAUAUAAAGUACUCUAGGAUCAAUAUGGCUCUUAAAGCAUUUGAUUUAGUGUCUGUUUUGGAAAGAGCUGAACUAAAGAUAGAAUGUCUGGAAGCAAGCGGAAACGACCUUUACUUAGGGUCUGAAGACAGCACUGUUGUUCAUUAUCUGGUGGAAGAACGUACACAUGAGGGCACUGGGAAGAUCGUUUACUCCACCAACAAGAUUAGUCAAAGAGCCUUGGCACAAAAAAGACUGUCACCCAACUGAAAACAGCCUCUGCCCUUGGUCGAUUGAUGGCUCUGAGCGAUGGGAACUUAUAUCUGUUGGAAUCUGAUGUUUUAAAUACCAUUGGCUCAGGCCCAAAAAUAAAGAAUGUUACUGUAUUUUGUGUCAAUGAAAACCCCAAUAUUAUGGAUCCAUUUACUGUCCAGCUAUGUGUGGGCAAGAGGAGAUGCAUACAGAUUUGUUCAUUACAUGAAGAUAGAGUGUCCCUGCUUAAAGAGCUUUCAACCCCAGAACCUGUCAACAUUGCAAUGGAUGGAAGCUAUGUCUGCAUUGCUGGUCAAGGCCAGUACUGUGUUUUUAAUGUUGACUCUGGAGCCAGCCAAGAUCUGUUCCCAUAUGAUCCUGCAACAACAUACCCUCAUGUAAAAAGAGUUGCAAAGGAGGAAUUUCUCUUGGCUGGACCAGGAAAUCUCGGAAUGUUUGUAACUGCAGCCGGCAUAUCGGAGCGGCCACCUAUUCAGUGGACAGAUGGAAUCAAAUCUCUCUCUUACUAUCACCCUUACAUCCUAACAAUCACAAAUCAGUUUAUUAGGGUUUACAGCUUGAUUGAUCAACAACACAAGCAGACACUGAAUUUUUCUGGAGGUGAAUUACUGGGCAACUUUGAUGGCCAGCUCUAUGUUGCUGCAAGUUCUUGCAUUUCUUGCCUUAUGCCACAACCAUGGACAAUGCAAGUUCAGACAUUAAUGGAUAGUGAAAGAGUAGAAGAAGCAGUACAGCUGGCAGAGCACAGUGGAGCCAUAGGAAUGAGCCAGGAGCAGUAUCAUCAGCUAUGUCGAACACUCCAUCAGAGAGCAGGAUUUAUUAAGUUAGUGCAGGGUUUCUAUUAUCAAGCACAGGAAUACUUUAUCAAGGGUGCAGUGGAUGUCAGAGAGGUGAUUAGCCUCUACCCUGGAUUGUUGCCAGCUACAGUCAGCUUUAUGAGAGCUCAGCCACCUUUGCAUCAGUUUGCUGAUGUUGCACAAGCUAUGCAUGGAGAUCAAACUAAGAUAGAUGAAGCCAAGUCAUUCCUUAUAAAUUUCCUUAUUCAUCUUCGUGGUUCAGGAGAACCCAUUACAUACAGAAUGGAAGUUGAUACUGCAAUUAUCAAGUUGCAAGCAGAGAAACAGUCACCAGAUCUGUUGUUAUUCCUGGAAAGUGGUGACAUUGUCUGUAAUUUGCCAGAGUGUGCUGAAUGGCUCCAAAAAUACAAACAAUAUUUUGCUCUGUCUAAGUUAUAUAGAGUGCUUGGUGAUUUAGAAAAGUCACUGGAAGUUCUCACUCAGCUUGUUCGAGAAGAAAUUAAGGAUUCAAACUUUGGUGGAAUUCAAGAUUUAGUAGAUUGUCUGAACUGUUCUGCAGAUGCUGGACUAGUGUGGCGCUAUGCAAACUUUAUUUUGGACCGAAAUGCAUCUGAGGGUGUCCGUGUCUUUAUGGAAACACAGGCACAAUUGGAUCCCUCCAAAGUUCUUCAGACUCUGCAAAGAUAUCCACAAGCAAGACUCACAUUCCUGCACCACCUUAUAGACACAAAGAACUUACAGGAGGAAAAAUACCAUACAGAAUUAGUCUUGCACUAUGUAGAUGAGGCAGUAAGACUCAUGAAUGAUAAAUCAGCCUCACCUGAAGAACUGGAGGAGGCAAGGAGUAAACUUCAGGACCUCUUGACCUCUUCAAGCCAUUACCAGCCACAGCCUGUUCUUACACGGAUGAAAGGCACUGAAUUACAUGUUGAAAUAGCUGCUGUCUAUGGGAGACUAGGAGAGCACGAAAAGGCUCUCUCAAUGUUAGUGCAUCAGCUGAAAGACUUCGCUGCUGCUGAACAAUACUGCAUUGCACAGAGUAAAGGAGCAAGCAACACAACCAAAUCAAACAUAUUUCUCAUACUUCUUAAGAUUUACCUCAGACCUCCACCUGGAGGCACAGAAGACGAUAUAGAACUUGCCCCAGCAAUCGAACUUUUGUCUGUCCACGCAGGUGACCUAGAAGUAUCAUCAGUAUUAUCUCUCCUCCCUCCUAAUUGGUCACUGAGCAUUGUGCACCAUUACUUGCGUGCAGCACUUAGGACCUCUAUGCACCAGAGCCGCAUUAAGAGGAUACAGCAGACAUUAGUGAAGAGUGAGAAUUUGCAGCAGAAAUUUAUACUGUACAAACUCUCCAGAGAUAUGGGCCCCAUCCCAUUAGCUGUGAACAGGAUCUGUUGUGUGUGCAAUCGAGGAUUCAACAUGUGUGAGUUCUUGAUCUACCCUAAUGGUGUAAUGGCUCACCCUGCCUGCGCUCCAAACCACAGUGUGUGUCCCCUCACAGGCACGGUCUUUCAGGUUUCACACGACAACUCAAGCAAGGAGAGGACCAGUAGUCAGCAUGCCAGAUAAUGAAUGAUGUAUGCAGUUAGAUGGGGUGUAAAGAUAAUGGUUGUGUGAUGUUAGGUGCGACAGCCUUUGUAAAUUAUUCUUAUUUUGUAAUUUAGCAAGCCUGUUGCUUUGUGAUAUUGUCUAUUUGCACUGCAGUAAGACUUGUUAAUCUGUAAUUGUUAGAAUUGUGAAUAAAUGUGAUAUGAGAGAUUCUAGUUUUUGGAUAUUAGAAUACUGAGGUUUGGUACACAUCUUUAUGUACAAAUGUCCAGGAUUUAUGAAGUACAUAGCAGUGUUAUUUUUGGCUAAGAAAGUACUCCAAUAAUUUCUUGUCUAUAGUACAAUUCUUUGGUAUGGCUGUCUUUGCACUUUUUCUUUGAUAUUCAAAAGGAUCUGUGAAACACUAAGGUAAAAUUGUUAUGUUCACUGCUGCAGAGAACUACUGAUUAUAACAUAGACACACAUCAGCACACUGACUAGCUAACUAUAACAUAAUUUUUUUUCUUUUACUGUCUCAUUGUCUCAUUUUCUGCCUUGUUUAUUAUCAUGGUCUCAUACAUUGAUUUUUUUUAUGAUUAUUUUUUAUAAUUACUAGAUAUCCUCUAGUGUUAAACUGAAUAGCUUAAGUGAAUAGGCAAGUAUGUCCACUUAUUUUGACACUCACAGUGCUAAUUAGGUAGUAGUAUUAGAUUAGGAUCCCUUUUCUCUACAUCAUCAUUAGCAACUAUAUCUGCAUCUUAAGGAGGCAGAGCAAAGUGCCUGUAUGUGCUCACAUAGCAUAUUGCAAGGCUGUAGCAAGUCUUUUUUUAGAGGAUGAAGAUAGAUCUAGGCCAUGUGAAUUUUCCUCCCUUCAAAUUAAAUCUCAUUUUAUCACAAUCCUUUCACCAUCCAGCCUCAUUCCUAUUUUGAAAGUGACAAAUACCCCAUUGACCUAACCAGUUCAGUUUCUUCUAGCCAGAGUUAUAAAGUGUAAGAAGAGUAAACACUUGGAAGUAUUUCAGUAUAACAUGGACACAAUGCAUAUUGUUUUUAUCAACCAGUUCUCAUUUGUGUCUUGAAAUUUUGUAAUAUGUAUCAGAUAGAAAUGGUUUUAGGUAAUGAUAAGCAAAUACUUUUGUUAUGACCAUACUUCACUUCAGUUAAUUGCAAUUUAGAGCAAAGCAGGUAAUAAAUAUUGCAUCAUAAUAGUAAUUCAGGUUAUAAGAUGAAAUCUUUGUAUUACCUUCUCAGAUAAAGAAAUAUUUUUAUCUGCUGCUUUAUUUUUGAAAUAGUGACUCUUGUCUAUCAGCUUCCCCAUGGCAGAUUUUCCUUGCAAGUAUUUUUGGAUGCAGAAUUCACUAAGAGGUGCAAACUCCUUGUAAAUUAUUGGCAUUGUCUAUACUUGCUAUUAUUCAUUGCUGGUCAUUCCUGCAUGGAAUUCAGUGAUAGUUUUGGUUGCUAUGCAAUAUCUUGUAAGGUGUUACUUUGUCCUUUAUACUAAUAUGACAUGGGUUUUUUGUUAUUUAUAAAAAAAAAUAUGUAAGCAUACAAUAUUCUGUUGCUGAAAAAUGUGCAACAGAGGUAGUGAAUAAGUUAAUUCUUAAAUUGGAGGAACAAUAAUAUUUGUUUUAUAUACAGUACAACAUUUUUCAUUAGAAAAAAAUAAAGUUAGAAAGUUACCAUAACAAAAUGCAAUGAAGGAUGCCCAAAGGAUUGUGAUUUGUAACACAACAUAAUAAUAUAGUGUUAUGACAAUAUGAAUAGGAAUUAUUCCAUAGUUUCUGUUAUGUAGGUAAUAUAAACAACAUAAAAUGUCUAGUCAUUACUCAGAUUUUUUAUGAAAUUACAGAACUUGUUUUAUCAGUAGCUAAAUCAAUUCAGUAAGGAUCUGCAUUGUCAUUGUUACAAAGAAACAGAGAUUUGAUUUCUCUUUAUGCUGCAUUAUGUAAAGAUUAUUAUGUCAAAUAUAUUGAUGUGUUGAAUAAGAUAAUGUACAUAAAUUCCCACUGAUAAAGCAGCACUUGCAGCGAAAGCUACUGUAUACAUAUCAUUGAGUGUGUCAGUAGUAGUGAUAGUUAUGUACCAGAAGUUCUUGAAAUGUAUAAAUGAUUAGUGUGAAUUAUUAUUAUCAUUAUUGCCACUGUAAGAGUAUGGAUACUGGAUAUAAGUGAAUACCUCCUAAAUUGAAUAUUCCUGGCUAAGACAAUAUGGUUAUGUAAAUGUUAUUUGAACCUCUUCUUGUUAAAUGUCCAAACUUUCAAAAAAAUUAUAUCAUAAAUCCUUG